AUGUCCCAUCCUGUUCCUACGCCUGACCCGAGCCAGUAUGACACGUUUCGCGGGGACGUUUGUUCACAUGAAUGGAGCCCUGUGUCCUGGCUGAGUCAAAACCGUUCGGAUCCGUUCGCAACCGAUACUGCUGACAGUCCUCAAGUAUCUGAACUCUUGGAUCACGCCGUCCAGCACUUUUGGUCACAUCUUUCACCAAGCCACCACUUUGGAAGUUACAAUCCUGUCAAUGCUCUUUAUCUGGCGCAUAUGCAAUCUUCGCAAAUGGCAUACCAUUCUUAUAUACUGGUCAUUUCCACAAAUCUUGACUAUCUCCGCAUGUCAAGCCUACGACAAAACGUCUUCCAGUCCAUGAGGCUCAGGUGUAUCCAUGCAGCAACCACGCUCGUACGCGAGUUGAUUGAUUCGAUGCCUCCGCAGCCAACGCGAGGCGAUGUCCCCGACGAACUUAUUGGAUCAAUUUUGUCGCUUUCUUGCUGCCAUGCUCUUCCAAUGAAAUCCGCAAAUCAUCCAGUGUCGCGAUUUUCAUCCCCACUCGCCACCGCACAGUGUCUCGAUAUGUGGAGUGCUACUCCGUUUCUGGAAUCCCAUCGACGGGCGGUGGUACAGCUUGUCAAGUUGAAAGGAGGGUUGGAGGCGCUGGAUUCCAUCUACCUUGCCGCGGUAGUGCAGCUGAACGAUCUGAUUGAUGCCUCGCGAAAAACACGAAAGCCCACUUGGCCGUGGCAGAACACGGUGAUUGCUUCUUGUUCAUCUUCUGCCGUUCGGCCUUUUGUGGCGACGGCUUUGUUGACAUACGACAAUGACCUGGCAACGGCAUUUUUUCCCCUCACAAAGUACCUCCCCUGCGGUCAUGAGCUUGAGCGGGCAAUCUUGGCCGUGGCUGAGGCUACCGCGAUGCUGAAAAUAUACAAGCACAAUAUCACGAGCCGCAUGGCGGAAAUGGUCCAACUGAGAAACCGUGCGCAGUACUUUGUGCUUGAUCUCGAUCCUCUUCCAUUGCUUGUCGGACCGGACGAAAAAGACAAAGAAUACGGACGGGGUCGUCAAUGUGCCGCAGUACACGUUCCCAGCUUUCUCUAUGAAGUCAUCCGCAUAUCAUUACUCAUAUACAACAACCUGGUUCUUUAUCCCAUGUCGCCCGCCACCGGUGUCGAAACACGGCUGGCGACACGAUUAAAAUUCAUCUUGUGUUCUGGGUUGCAAGCUCAACUUUGGAACGUUCCGCAGUAUACUGAUUUACUGUUGUGGUCGAUGAUGCUUGGUGGGAUUAGUACGGAGGACAUUGAAGAUGGAAAAUGGUUUCAGACACAGUAUUUCGAGCUUGCUCGAGACAGGAAUCGAUUGCGAAGCUGGUUUAGUACAGUCGAAUCUCUGUCCACGUUUAUUUGGCUAGAUUUCGUCUUGAACGAGGAAGCUGAGAAGUUCUGGGCCACCUUGCCGACCUGA